CCGGAUACUGAUCAGUCCGUAUCUCUAGGACUUCUGGGAAAUGUAGUUUGGUCAUUCAAUAAAGCAGGCAGAAGCCGGCAAUUGCAGCUUCAGCACCAUGGAUGUCUUUUACACUAGCGGUGUCCAGUUUGCUGAAACGCUUCAGGCUGCUCUGCCUGGAUUGGAGAGUUUUUGGCUUUGGGUAACCUUUUUCGGCGAUCCCAAAUGCGUCUUCAUUAUUUAUUUCCCUCUUGCCUACUUCCUGCUGGAUAAAAAGGUUGGAUUGACAGUGCUGUGGUUGGGCUUAAUCUCAGAAUGGCUGAACCUGAUCUCUAAAUGGUUCUUAUUUGGGGAACGGCCCUUCUGGUGGAUAUUUGAAUCUGGAUUUUCCAAGAAGAAGGAAGUUUUUCUCCGUCAAUUCCCAUCCAGUUGUGAAACAGGACCAGGCAGUCCCUCUGGCCACUGUAUGAUCACUGGUGCAGCCCUGUGGCCAGUUGUAAGCAUUCUGACCAGACAGAUAGCCCAGAAGUCCAAAAGCUGGAUCAUGAAGGCAGUGCCCUUUAAGGUUUAUUUCCUCCUCUUGCUGGCUGUUGGACUGUCACGCAUCUUCAUACUUGCUCAUUUCCCCCAUCAAGUCAUUGGUGGCAUUUUGGCAGGGAUCAGUCUAGGAUGGCUGCUUCAAUCCUGGGUCCCACUGGAAAGAGGACUCCGUUUCUACCUGUGGGCUUCAUUCUCCCUUUUGCUAAGUGCCACAGUGAUUUAUUGGACAUUGAUUACUCUUGGCAUCGAUCUCAACUGGUCAAUGAAGCUUGCAAUGAAGUGGUGUGAAAAUCCCAAGUGGAUCCGCAUGGACACACACCCAUUUGCCUCCCUGUGUCGUGAUGCAGCCACAGUCCUUGGACUGGGACUGGCCUUUCACUCUUCCUCCUAUACCCAACUCAAACGUGAGAGGCUUGGUUGGCUUCAGAGGGGAUGGUGUGCCAUCCUGGCUCUUGUCAUGCUGUACCUCCUAAGUGGCAUUGCCCAGCCACAAGAUGUGGCUCUGUGGUAUGGGCUGAAUUUUGUAAAGUAUGCCAGCUUCCCAUGGAUGGUAAUUAUACUGCUUCCCAAAGCAGUUCAACUACUGAUCUCUCCAGGAACGCCAUCUCACACAGAGUAGCUAGUUUUAGCUUGAAAUAUUUGUUCUUUCCACACAGAUGUUUUAUAUUGAAGGAGAUGCUGUGUUUUCCUCAAGAUGCAGAGUUUGUUCAUCCACAGGCUAAUAUGGUUUCCCUUUUGGCUUAAGCCACUGUACCCUAUAUCCUUAAUUGUGGACACUUGCUUUGUUCCUAUCUGUGUAACCAUGUGCUUCUCAUGUAUACAUGGGGCUUUUAUUCAUAUACACGUCUCAAAACUGUUUCCUCUAAAAGAGACUUUUGCAACUGAGAAAGAGGAAAGAGGGUUGCACAGUGAUGCCAUGGAAUUAUCCUCAUGGGAGGAAAUUACAAGGAAGAUAGUAUAUCAUUAGAUUAUGUCAGGGACAUCUCUUCUUCACUUAACCUAGAAAAAUCCUAUAAUGGAAGAAUACACAAGACGAUGUAACUCAACUAUAGUGUACAUUCAGAAGAUCUCAGGUUCAGUCUCCAGCAUCUCCGUGGAGGGCUAGAAAAAGUUCUCCAGUUAAAUCCAUGGAAAACUGAAUUAGAUAGAUCAGUAAUCUGUUUUUCUAUAGGGCAACUUCCUGUACUUCUAAGUGCCUUGUCUUGCCUUAGUUUACCCAACAGCUUGAGGUCAAAGUCCUGUCGCUGACCAGCAUAAAAUAAGUCUUUCACCAAAAUGAGGUAGAAACUGUUGUUUCUUGUGUAUCAAAGUUCAACAUUAUUUGAUGUAAUAGGAAAUGUCCCUGUUGAAGGCACGUCUUCUGCUCUAUAUCCAAAAUAAAUCAAGACAAGACAUGCUGCAUUACUUUUUUUUCUGAUCCAUAAACUCUUCCUGGAGCACACAUAGUUACUCUGACAUGCUUUCAGUUUUUCUAAAGAUGACUCGUUCAUUCUGGGUUAGCACCAGGGAGCUUCUUGGAAGGGCUGAGCAUCCACUUCUCAAAUAUUCUGUUGCUUCCUGGUAUUGAGUUGGAAUGUGUUCCUGAUUUUUGUGAGCAUGGGUCCUCACAAUGGCUGCUGUAUGAGUAAUGAGAUCCCAUAUUCAUAGAGCACCUUACAGUUGUUCAGGAGGAAACUCAUUCUCUUAAAUCUGUGAAAUACUGCAAGAGCUACAUAUGGGAAUCCAGAGCUACAGCAGCCCCAAAUAUGCUUCUCCAGCAUCUUCUGGCAGACACUACCCAUUCCCUUCAAAAUAAUUUGGUUCCAUUUUCAAAGCACUCUAACCAUCCAGGUUUCUCCUAAUGGUUAACUGAUUUUUUUCCCUCUCUUGCAAUGUAAAUUAAGUUGAUUUAGCAUCUAGUUCUGCCUUCUAGAGCAGCAAAAGACUAAUAGAGACCUCUACUUUUAGAAAAGGCAUAGUAGAAUCUUUCCCUCCUAGUGUACUCGGUCUUCUUCCUACGUGUGUGUUUUGCACUACAGUGAAGCAGGUGGUACUGAAAAUUAUAAUUUCAUUGGCACCCUUGAUUCAGGGCAGGCCUGCCCACCAAACAAUGGAGAAAUAUAGUCUCAGGGUAUCCCAUAGCUGAUUUGCUAUUUUAAAAAAGAUGUUGCAGUAAAUCAUGAUGUUCAAGUUGGUGUUUGCAACUGGUUGUAUGAUGUGUAUAUUUAUGAUUAAUUCCUUGCAGAGUAGCUGGAGCUUAUUUACUUGAGUAUGAUAUUUAAUAAACUCAUAUUAGGUGGCUAUUUCCACAGAUGAAACUGCAUUUUACCCACCAUCUCUCUGAUAUUCAGUGAAAACAGCUGGAAACACACACACACACACACCAGCUCACCCAAGGUUUCUGAUGAUCAAAGGGGCAAGUGAGACCACCUCUCAUUUGCACUACAUUGUGAGCAGUCUUUAAAUAUGUUCAUUUUUAGAAGCUAUUGUCAUAAACAGGAUCAUUUCUGUAGCCGUUUACCGGUCUUCUUACUCCGGAUACCUUGCUCUCCAUAUGGCUCUGUCCAUGAACAAGAGGACGAUAUCUUCAGGUCUAAAAGUCCCUAAGAUUAGCAGAAAUAAAACACUCUCUCUGAAAUCACAGAGCAUUUCAUGAUGGAGCCUUCACAGAAUGCUCACUUCAUUGUAGAACCUAACAGUCUGUGGCAAAGUAAUGGUGUUUUCAAAGAAAAGGCACAGCUGGCUAGCAUCCUAAAUAAAGCACUCCAUACUGCA